GCCCCCCCAGCCAGCCCCCGGGCCCCCCCAGCCAGCCCCCGGGCCCCCCCGGCCCCCUGCAGCUGAGCCAGCAGGCUCAGAAGGUGCUCCAAUCAUCCCUGCAGCUGUCCAGGUCCUGCUGCUCCAGGGACCUGCUGCUGGAGACACACAUCCUGCACUGUCUGGGCUUGGUGCAGAGGUACCAGAUGCUGCUCGGUGGCGUCCCAGCCCAGCGUGUGUUAGAGCCCUUCCUGGAGUGUGUCCAGCUCUCCCUGCAACACUGCCACUCUCUGCAGCUGGUGCGUAAGUGUUACCAGGAGAUGGCGCUGGUGUACCUUCACCUACAUCACAGUAGCUCCGCCCCCCAGGACCCCUCCCACUCUGGAGGAGGAGUCCUAUCUCCUGUGUUGAGGAGGUCCAGUAUGACCAGAGGUAUGUCAGUAUCAGGAGCGUACAUGCUGCUGUACUGGGUCUGUGUCCGGGCUGCUGCACAGGUGUGGAGGGCCAUGCUGUGUUCCAGUCAGCUGUGUGGACCUCCAGACUCCACAUCCAGCCUCUUGCCUCUCACCUGCCUCCACACCCUGCCUCGCUUCGCCCUCAACGACCUGCUCAACCCCUGUGGUGGGCUGGACCAGCAGGGGGCCAGGACCAGCAGGGGGUCUCCAGAGUCCAGGAUGAGCAUCAGGAAGUGUUCCCUUCUCACCUGGCUGCAGCUGUCCAGAUACUACACUCACCUGUCCCGACUCUGCUCUACCAUGCACCCAGUGUGUCCCCAGAGUGUUGAGGGGCUGCUGUGUGUAUCAGGAGGGGGAGACCUCCAGCGGAGGUUGUUCCAGCUGCAUGUCUUCUUCUGCUCUCACAUGCCCAGCUACAAGAAGACCUGCAGCCCCCCCAGCCCCCCGCUAGACCUGCUGCAGCUGCCCCAGACCCUGCAGAUCAGUCCCGUGCUGUGUGGGGCCCUCAGAGAGAAGUUCCCAGAAUGCUUUGCUGACAAGCCUCAGCUGUGCAUGCAGUGGUACCGCCCCCCCCUGGUCUCCCCCGACAACCAGGACACGGUGUUACUGCUGUUUGCUGUGAGCAGCUCUGGUGUCUCCUGCUGCUCUGAUCCUCCUCUACACUGUGGCCAGCAGCUGCUCAGCAUGGACAGGGUGAGGGUGGUACACACUCAGCUGUGUGCAGCAUGUGUGGCUGUCAGUCUGGCUCCUCCCCCUCCAGCACCCCCCAGCCCCGCCCCCAGCCCCGCCCCCAGGCAGCUGAGACACCCCGGACCCUCCGACACACACGUACUGAUUCUGCAGGAGAAGGUGAGGAGCUGCUGUUCUGCCAUCACACACCUCCUGCAGCCUGGCUUACAGUCGACCACACUCCCCCAGGUGGAGGUGAGCGGUCAGACUCUGAUCGAACUCGAACGCUGCUUCAACCCUGGGGGCGGGGCCAUACUCGAGGAAAAGUCUCUGAUUGGCUGGCUAGACUCUCUGCUCAGCUGAUUGGU